AUGAAAUUAUCCGUUCAUGCAGCAGGCCUCGUGAGCCUGCUGGCAGGUCUCACAAACGCCAUACAAGUGGACCUCAGCAGUGAUGACUCUGUCAAGCAGGCAGCAAGCACAGUUGCUUUUGGCCUGUUAAAGUAUUACACUGGAAACAACACAGGUGAUACUCCGGGCAACUUGCCUGACCCGUAUUUCUGGUGGGAAGCGGGUGCUAUGUUCGGAACUUUGGUCGACUAUUGGUUUUAUACCGGAGAUUCGACAUACAACGAUGUGACGAUGCAGGCAAUGCAACAUCAAGCAGGCGAAGAUAGCGACUAUAUGCCACAGAACCAGACAAGGACACUAGGUAACGAUGACCAAGGAUUUUGGGCCAUGGCGGCCAUGUCUGCCGCUGAGAACAAUUUCCCAAAUCCGCCCGAGGGCCAGCCUCAAUGGUUGGCCUUAGCCCAGGCCGUAUUUAACGAAUAUGUGACUCGAUGGGACCCUCAAACUUGUGGCGGCGGCAUGCGAUGGCAAAUAUUUACGUUUAACAAUGGGUUUAACUACAAGAAUUCGAUCUCAAACGGCUGCUUUUUCAACAUCGCUUCCCGGUUGGCGAGGUAUACAGGGAAUCAAACGUAUGCUGAUUGGGCGGAGAAAGUCUGGGACUGGAUGACCGAAGUUAAAUUCAUCGACUCUGACUUUAAUAUCUACGAUGGAGCCGGCGUGGAUCAAAACUGUGUCGACAUCAACAAGGCCCAGUGGACUUAUAAUGCCGGUAUAUUCAUGCAAGGGACGGCUAUGAUGUACAACUACACCGAUGGAAACAGUACCUGGAAGGCGAGAUUGGACGGUCUGGUGAACAGGACGACUAAUUUCUUCUUCGACGAUGGAAUCGCAGUUGAGCGACCUUGCGAACAAUUCAACUCUUGCGAUUACGAUCAACAAAGUUUCAAAGGUUACUUAAUGCGGUGGAUGGCAUCGGCAUCUCAAAUGGCGCCGUAUACCUUCGAUACGCUUAUGCCAUUAGUUCAAUCAUCCGCCACAGCGGCAGCGAAACAGUGUUCUGGCUCACCAUCGGCUAGCGCAUAUAAGGGCCCGGCCGGCACAGCAUGCGGCUUUAAAUGGACAGCCGGGGCAAAUUUCGACGGGCUUGCUGGUGUUGGAGAGCAGAUGAGUGCCCUGUCUGCCAUACAAUAUACGCUAGUGAAGAAGCAGGCAGUCAAAGCCCCUGUGACUGCUGAUACCGGCGGAACCUCUAUCGGCAACGUCAAUGCCGGACGACCAGUGGAUGAUUAUAUGCCAACCAUACCAGAAAUUACAACAGGCGAAAAGGUAGCGGCUGGUUUCCUGACAACGGCGAUUGCAUUUAGCGUCGCGGGUGCAUCCUUCUUCGUGAUGAAAGAAUAG